CAUAGAUGUGUAGAUGGUGGGCGUUUAGACAGGGCUCAGUCUGUUCAAGGUUACAUUAUACGUAGUAUAUAUUCGGCUAUCCGCUGAGCUCCGGGAUAGUUGAAAUUAUUUGUGUUAUAAGUGAUAAAGUGGAGAUUUCAGCAGCUGAGAAUAUGGAGCUCUAUAUGAAGAUUGCUGUCCUUGUUGUUCUGUGCGUGUCUGUGGCUCAAGGAAGGUCUGGUGAUCCUGGUGGCGAUAGCAACGCUAGAAGAGAACUACUUUUGAAAGCAUUGGCUGAUCUCCAGGCUGGAAGAAGCUAUGGCAAUAUGGAAGAAGCACGUAAUCCUGGACCACCACCGAGUCCAUUGAUGAAAAAUGAUCCUAAAAAUGCUAGGAGGGAACUACUUUUGAAAGCAUUGGCUGAUCUCCAAGCCGGAAGAAGCUAUGGCAAUAUGGAAGAAGCACGUGCAGCUCCUCCACCGGAUGCCUUGAUGAAACGAUAUCCUGCAGGACCACAGUCUUUGGACAAAAUUGACAGAUCUUAUUAUCCAGGGAAUCCUUCUAGUCUCAGAGAUCUAACAGAUGAUUUGGAACCUGGGACAGUAGAAGAUGAAGAUACAGUAGAAGUUGAAGAUGAAGAAAAAGAGAAAAUCAAACAAGAAAUCGGUGAAGUGGAGGGCAUCGUUUCCAAAGCUAUUGAUGCAUUAACCAGUAUAAAUGAAGACCUUAAUGACAUCAAAUCUAUGGCCGAAGAAGGUGUGAAGGAAGCAUGUGGAGAACAAUUUGAAGAUGAUCAAGGUCUGGAAGGUGGCGCGGUACCAGAUUCUGUACCUGAUCGUAGGCAGUCAGAGGACGACAUCGGAAGCGAACUUGAGCAGUUGUCUGACACAGCAAAAGAAACUAUUGCUGAAAUUGCGGAUUUGCUCAAUGAAGUGGGGAAGUGUUCUACCGAUAAUGGGGAUGGUGAUGAAACUGUAGCAACAACUGAGGCACCACCAAUAGAAGCAACAACAGUGGAUACAGAGCCGCCGACGGAGCCACCAUCUGAUGAGACCGAGGAAGUACUGGAGAGAGAUCUGCUGAAAAAGCUGCUGAAAGAACGUAUUUCUGAAUUGUCUAAGAGAAGAUAUUAUGGAAAAUAGGAAAAGUUCAAAACGAUGAUAAAGUAAACCUGAAGAAAAUUUCUCAUACGGAACCAACGACCUGGAUUCAGCUGACUUUUACACAAAUGAGACUUUUGUAUAAUCAUUCUAGUUUAAUCUCUUUUCGACUUUAUUGAUAUAGACUAUAAUAAGAGAAUCCAAAGGAACUUUUCAUAAAUUGCGUUUUGUAUUAUUGACAUGCAUUGACAAUCGGUAAUUUCAUUGCGAGUAUGCGAUGCUGUCACGGAAAAGCCUGAGGUAACGGGUUUUAGCAAAAAUGAACUUCUAAGAAUACUGGAACUAGCAGACGACAAUACGGAACUACGCGAAAAUUCUCGAUUGUCAUCCUGGGUUCGUUGCUGACCACGAGAUCUUCUAAUAUCGGUUUUAGUGAUUAAAGCAGGCAGUUAAAAAUCAAUCUACUGCGAUUUUCACGCACUAAGAAUAUGCUUUAAAAAUGAAUUCAGAUGUGCAACCUAGAUCUACUGUACUCAUAUACUAACAAUCUUAAUUUUCCUUCUGUUUUUUAUGUGUGUUUUUUUCCCCAACAUUUUAAUGCACUUAGUAUAUGUAUAGAAAAAAUAAUUUAUGCUCUUUUCUCUUCAUAUGCCUUUAAUGUAUCAGUACAUAUUUGUUGUCUUUUUUUUUUUACUUUUGUUGUUGUUAUUGAUGUUUUUUUGUUUCUUUGUAUCAAUGUGAAUGUUUUUGAAAAGCUGAUAUCACCUGGUGACAAGGAUAAAGUGAUAUCAUGUGACAUAAUAAUUGAAUACCAGACAAGAUAUAAUCUGAUAACUAUAUCACUAUAACAGCAAAGUAUCCCUGUAUAUUCUAUAGAUUUAACCCUUACGUUGCUUAAUUUCUAUAAUGAACUUGUCCAUCUUCCAAUUUGGACGGUACCAUUAACUAUUAAAAUGGGUGCUUAAAAAAAGAUACUGCCUGAAUAGCAAACAGGGGAGAUCAUGAUCAGACUGCACGGAUGUGCAGGCGGAUCAUGAUCAACACUGGUCGCAAAGGCAGAAUCAAGCUUGGGGUAAUGGUUAAUAUUCCCAUGUUUACCAGAAGAUAGGGCUCAUAAUAGCAAAAUACCAAGUUUUAACAUUUUAUAAACAUUUUGCUCGAAGAUUUGUCGGGAAAGACUGCCAGUAUAUUUGAUUCGCAUAAAGACGUCAGUCCAGUUUCAUUUUUACUCAUAAAACAAGUGGAAAUGCGUUUUGAUAUGGGGUAAAUACAUUGUGCAAUUCGGAGGCCCUGAAUGAAUAAGUGUUUCUAGCUUAAAAUACUGUGAAUGACGACAAAUAUUCUUCUCUUUUAGGGUUUCAAAAUGUAAUUUGUCACUUGUAUUGUUACAGUUAAAACUGUGCCUAUCUGUACAUGAUGUUUAAGUGACAAAACAGGAUUACUGAAGUGUGAUGAAUAGAUGUCUUUGAUAAUUUUUUCAUGCUUUACUAACUAGCUGCAUCUGCCGUCUAUUAUUGUACACUAGUAUAGCAACACGCACGUGAAACAUUCGGACAGAGCAAAGUAUAACACUGUAGAUUGGAAAUAUUCGGAGUUGAAUAUUCGCGACCAGUUUUGUCGCGAGUUUCAGACAGUCUUGGAUAAUAAAUUGAUAUGUAUAAAAUAACUAGCAAGGUGCCCGUAACUAUAGAUAUCAACAUGACUGGCAUCAUGUCCUUUAAUAUGUCCGUAAAAUCUACUCAAACCGAGUACAUCCCAAGCCGUAUUUUACAAAAAAAUGAGAAUAUCAAAAUAUGAAAUUGUGAAUUAAAACAUACGGAAUUUACACCACACAAUAUGUAAUAUUACUUUUUUAAAGAUAUGAAUGAGAACAGUGACAAUCAUUUCAAAGGUAUCAAGCUGUGUUGAGCGGUUAUAUAGUUAUUGCAUUUCUAUCUUUCUAGAAUAAAGGCUUUUAAAUA